AUGGCUUCCGAUACCAACGUCGAGGCGUCCACGACUUCACUAGCGCCAAUCCUUCGUCUCCCGCCCGAGAUCUUUUCGUAUUUCCUCGACCACGUCCCAGCGUCUCAGCUUCAGCGGACGGCCCUGGCCUUACACCAAGUCUUCCCCGAUGCUCGGGUGACGGAGGAGUAUCUCUGGCGAUAUGUGACAGUGAGGAAGGGAGAGCAGCUGGUACCGCUUUGGCAUGCGGCGAGGCGACGGCGGGAGCGAGUCGAACGGGAAGGGAUGCGAGCGAGGGUGGGCGGAUUCGUCAUGGAGUCCUGGAGGGGGGACGCUGAUAUCCUCAACAAUACUCUGCGAUGUCUACCAGACAUACCCGUACUCUGCCUCAAUAUGGGCACCAACUUUGCGCCUGAACACCUCGCGGAGAUGUUUCAGACGCAUCGGCCAACGAUGCAGAGGCUGGAGCUGCGCUUCAAGCCGUAUGUCGAGCAGGCGAGCUACUAUCAGUUUUUGAAGGGCUCGUACUUUGACACCGCCAUCGAAAUGCUCACGCAACGAUGGCCCGAGUCGCCUACUUUCACCCGCCUCGCCAUCAUCCAGGAGAUACCACCUCGGACGAAACGCCCAGCUCCCACAUUCUCCGCCGGCACCACAGCCUCUACCGCUGACGCUAGCACUGCUGUGAGCACCGUCGCUUCCACAGCUGCGAGCACGGUGCCUUCGUCCCAGGGCAGUCCCGUCAUCCUUCCAGACAGUCUCAAUGCGGACGUCGCGGCCCUGGACUUGGGAUCGGACGAGGAGGUACCGGCUGAGCCGGUCGCACCCGUCGUCGAGCCCCGCGGGUACACCGGGCACGGACCCUUUGAGUACCUCGGGGACAAGCUCGCUUGGGCGCGACCCAAGACCUUUGCCCAGCCCAUCGUCUUUUUCGACAUCAAGUGCAUCGCUCGAUUCGGAGCUGCACCUGCGGCUCGUCACCUCACCCAUCUCCGUUUGCGUGUGCCCUCGCGAGACGUCGUAUCCCUCCUCCUCGCCCCACCUGGAUCUACCUACUUUCCCUCUCUCACCUAUCUCGACAUCUCCACGACCAACGUCCGGCUCGACGGUAUCCUCUCCGCCAUGCUCCGGCAGUACGAGCAGGUUGAGCACCUUGUCAUGGAUCGGGUCAAUCUGUUUGGGUUCCAGGCGAAGGACAAGGGGGCUGAGCUAUGCCGGAACCUGGGCGGCUUGAUCCCCUCAGCGGGUUUAGCGAGGGGAAAGGACCGGGAGAGAGCGAUUGCGAUGUGGGACGUUGCGGAUAGGACGCGUGCAGCUAUCGCUCAGGCUGAAGCAGUUGCGCGGGCGAAUCAUGGUGGUGGAGGGGGUGGUGGCGGACUGAGGAGAGAGGAGACGCCCAUCGAGGAAGCCAGCCGACAAGCGCGGGAAGCUGCAGAGGAGAGGGAGCGGCAACUGAAUCUCGCUCGAGCUCGGCGCGGACACCGGUCAGCGGGUAUGGCGACUUUUUCGCUGCGCAAUAGCAACCUUCGGCGGUCAUCCGUAUCGGCAGCCGGGUCAUCAGCUGCCGCAGCGGGCGUCAUCCUCGGCCCUCCUGACCGCCUCUACCUCAUUCUUCCUCCACUGCCAGCUCUCCGGACCAUCUCCGUGGGCGGAGAAGCACGACUCUCGGCGAUUCAGGCGCGCGAGUGGAACGCCGAGUUUCAUGCGGGGUGGAGGGAAGGUCUGGCCAAAGUGGCAGGAUGGGCGGCACAUAUUGGGGAGAGGUACGAGCGAGCUCGGCGGAAAGCGGACGAAUGGGCGGUGCAGGAGUUGCGCGCAACAGAAUCUGCGAAUGCGGCGGGGAAGGGUAAAGGGAAGGCGGUGCUGAAGGUACCCACUGCCCGUCCGCCAACGGAUAUCCGUCUCUACCGCUAUCCCCUCCCCGGCGAAUCUGCAACUCCGCUUGCUGGUCCAACCCCGUCGGAUCCCACCGCAGGACUCGUUCAGAUCGACCCGGAGGGUAGCACAUAUCUCGCGAUCUACAAGGAUAGGCAAGCCGAUGCGGAGCUGUACGCCAAUGAUAACUCGAAUCCCCCGCCGUGUGUGCUUUGUACAGUGCCGGACUGUGAGGGACCACCGAGGCGGGGAGAUGAGGGUGGCAAGGUGGAUGGGCGAGGAGGGAUGGACGGGAUACAUGCCGAGGGCUGUGGUCAUAUGGUUGGGAGGCGGACGUGGGGCUGGGAAGGGAUGUGA